UAUAUAUAUAUACAUAUAUAUGGGGUAUAAAUAUGCCAUGUAUAAAUUGAUAUAAACCUAAAUAAGUAAAAAAAAAACUCUGUCUCUCUCUCUCUCUCUCUCUAGAGUAUUCAGGAUGGUAUGUUCGGUUUCUCGAACUGGAAGGCAUUCUCAGAGAUAUAACAAAGGCCGUCGCCUUGUUGUUGGAUGCAUUCCAUAUAGAUAUAAAACUUGCACCACAAAAGGUACAAAAAAUGAUGAAUUAGAAGUUCUUGUGAUCUCUUCACAAAAAGGUCAAGGAAUGUUAUUUCCCAAGGGAGGUUGGGAAACUGAUGAAUCUGUUGAAGAAGCAGCUUCGAGAGAGACACUUGAAGAAGCCGGGGUUCUUGGCAAUGUUGAGGGAGAACUAGGAGAAUGGAGCUUCAAGAGCAAAAGCGGAGGAAUAUAUCAUGAAGGACGCAUGUUCGCAUUGCUUGUCACUCAAGAACUCAAUCUUUGGCCGGAACAAAAUUCCCGCCAAAGACUCUGGAUGAAUGUGGACAAAGCUAGAGAAGUUUGUCAGCAUUGGUGGAUGAAGGAAGCAUUAGACAUAUUAGUUGAUCGGCUCACAUCUCCUAGACAGCACAAGAUGGAAUAAUAUAUUCCACUUUGUUCUCCAACUUUGACAAUAAUUUUGUGUUUUUAUCUAAGUGUUUUUUUUGUGUGUGUGUGUGCGCGCGCGCAAUUGUACAUAGGGAACUGCCCACAACCAUAGGUAUGUAUGUCCAUGUAUCUUUGCAAAACAGAAGAUCAAAGGGCUGGUUAGGGCUAAAAUGUUGUACUCAAAACUCCAUAUUGCAAAGAAAUCGAAUGUGAAAGUGUUAAACCAGUGA